UGUCUCUGUCUCUCUCUCUCUGGCCAGUCUCGCCCUCCUGGACAUUAUCUUUAACAACAGUGAAUACAACAUCUUCCACCAUCGCUCAAGGCGUGAUUACCCUCAAACAUAAAAUAUAAUUAUUGUCAUUAACUUUACGAAUGUUGAGGAAGUUAAUAAACGAGUUAGUGAGUGAAUCAGUUAAUUAACUUGAGGAGAGUAAUUAAGACAUCUUCGUGUAGGAUAAAUCUGUUCAUCUUGAGAGAGUGACAGCGUGGUGUAGUGGGAGACAGUUCACACCAGUCAGGAUAUAUACCAGCGUGUGAGGCCCUUCGCAGAUAAGAUGAAGUGCCUCAGUAACCUCGCCGUUUUCGCCAUCUUCUGCGGCUCCCUGACACCCACGUCACUAACAGAUCAAACAGCCGUCGCCACGUUCCUCAGUGAAGAGAAUCAAAACAAUAACAAACAUCAGCUGACGGACCAGAAUGACGCCACCACCACCACCACCACAAGACGCAAACGUUCUGUUUUCCACCUGUACAGUAUGAUGACGUGUGCCACCACCUGUAACCCGUUCGACUACAAAGGCUACGGCUGUUACUGUGGCUUCCUCGGCUCAGGAGUCGUAGUCGAUGGGAUUGACAAGUGUUGUAAGGGGCACGACUGGUGUUAUGAGCACGCUAGAUGCACAGGUUUUGAUCAUUACUUCACACCUUACAAGUGGAAGUGCAAUGGAGGGAAGCCAUAUUGUGUAACAACGAAGGGUCCAAAUGGGGCGGUCAACAGCUGCGGUCAUCAACUAUGCGAGUGUGACCGUGAGUUCGUGGAAUGCCUGAAGCAAUACCCGUGCCCCAAAACCAGGGCCAUGUGUAUGACGUCACCCUGGAGAAAUAUAAUUCACUUGGGUAAGUUUGGACGGUCGGCUUCAAUAGCGUUGCAGACUCUUCUCUAGCUGAGGGCCACUGUUUGACCCUUGUCUGCUGAGGUGAUUGUCUGCUGAACUGACUGUCUGCUAAACUGACUGUCUGCUAAACUGACUGUCUGCUACGGUUACUACUCAACUGACUGUCUGCUAAGGUUACUACUCAACUGACUGUCUGCUAAGGUUACUACUCAACCGACUGUCUGCUAAGGUUACUACUCAACUGACUGUCUGCUAAGGUUACUACUCAACUGACUGUCUGCUAAGGUUACUACUCAACCGACUGUCUGCUAAGGUUACUACUCAACUGACUGUCUGCUAAGGUUACCACUUAACUGAUUCUCUGUUGACGUGACUGUCUACUUGAGGUGACUAUCAAACUGACUUUACCAACCUUUCUUCCCGUUACUCCUCCUGUAACUACCAGGCCACGUAAAAGUGACCUAACUGCUUCUUCGUUCUUCCCCACCGAGAGUGACGCAAGCUACCUCAAAUAUUCACCCUCAAUAGUAACACCAUUACCUCAUGUUGUACCAAGUUGAUGAACAGGUAUGAUGAACAGGGUGAACAAGUAGAGAGAGAGGCACGAGAAGUCUUGAACAUCUUUAAAUUCGUGCACAGGUGAAAAUGACUGGUUUGAACAGGGUGAACAAGUAGAGAGAGAGGCACGAGAAGUUUUGAACAUCUUUAAAUUCGUGCACAGGUGAAAAUGACUGGUUUGAACAGGUGUUAUAGUAGAUGUGUACAGUUUUGAACACGGGUAUAGGUGUGAACAGGUUGAAAGUUGUUGAUGAUGAUGAUUGAUGAUUGAUGAUGAUGGAUGUUGGUUUAUAAUGACACAACUGCACAAACAAGACAUAUCAGACAAUUAUUAUUCUCUGAUUAUAAUCCUUAAACACAAACCGUUACCACCAUCAAACAACACAAAACAACAGAAUAAACAAGAGAAUCACAGGUUAAUUUAAGAUGUAAUAAUAAAUCAAAAGUGAGAGAUGCUGUAGGUGAAAUGUUGAUGUUUUUAAAGACUGUUAUUUACCCCAGAAAUAUGAAGAGCAUUCACAAGUGAGGGUAAAUAUAGUCACAGGAGUAUUUUCAUCUUAUAAAUGUAUCUAACAAUAAUUAUCUAACUUAUUGAGAUAUAGUAGGGAUAUAGGGCAUUAUAAGUUAUUCUAAAUUAUUCUAUUUUGUACAUACAUAACAAAAGUAUAUUAUUGCUUCUUCAGCUUUAUAUACGGGGUCCCUUAUUUUUUUGGAUUACAGGUGGGAUUCUUCCUUCAUUUGUAUAUAAAAAUGUGAACUUGUAAAAAAUGUAUAUUAUAUUGGUUUAGUUUUAACGAUGUAUAUAUUUAUUCCUCAAUAAAGAUGGUAUUGUAUAAUGAGUAUAAACAUCUCAUUUGUAUCAUGUGUCGUCAUAAUCUGGUGAAGUAAAGAUAACUUGAAA